AUGUGUACAAGUUUUCAUCAUGCAUAUUGGUUGUCAUCAUGGUUACCUGAAUCCUGCCUCAUGAUUAUCAUGGGAGUCAUACUAGGAACUAUUUUAUUUUUGAGUGGAGUUCCUGAGCCAGAAAAUGAAGCUGAUAAGGUCGUGCCUGAUGGGGAAUUUGCAUUACCAACUUUUACUCCAAGGCUAUUUUUCUUGAUAUUACUUCCACCGGUUAUUUUAGAAUCAGCAUAUUCACUUUAUGACAGAUCAUUUGCUGAUAAUUUAAGUACAAUUUUAGUUUAUGCAGUUGUUGGUACGUUAAUAAACACUUUUCUCAUCGGACCUAUAUUAUACCUUCUUUCCAUCGGAGGACUCAUGGGAAUAAUUAAAUUGACGAUGACGGAUACGAUUGUAUUUUCUGCACUCGUUUCAGCAGUUGAUCCUGUUGCCGUUUUGGCCAUAUUUCAAGAAAUUGGAGUUAAUAAAGAUUUAUAUUAUCUUUUAUUUGGUGAAUCUUUACUCAAUGAUGCGGUCACGGUGGUUUUAUAUACAACAGCCGUCACGUUUACAGAAAUGAAAAAUGUCGAUGGUAGUCAAUUUGGCCUUGCUAUCGUUGCUUUUUUUACAACAAGUUUUGGCGGUUUAGUUAUAGGAAUUUUUUUCGGUUUGAUAACAGCCCUAAUAACAAAAACUACUCAAGAUGUUAGAGUCGUGGAGCCACUCGCAGUUUUGGGAAUUUCCUAUCUUUCGUAUUUAGCAGCAGAACUUUUUCAUUUUUCCGGUAUUAUUUCAAUAAUCGGUUGUGGAGUCGUGCAAGCACAUUAUGCUCUAAAAAAUAUAUCAGAUCAUUCUAGAACGACGGUGACAUAUUUUACUAAAAUGAUAAGUUCGACAAGCGAUGCUAUUAUUUUUUUAUUUUUGGGAAUGGUUUUAGUGAGUAAACGACACGUUUGGCACACCGGUUUCGUUUUAUGGACUUUGUUUUUAUGUUUUAUCUGCAGAUUUAUAGCCGUUUUCUGUUUAAGUUCUUUUGUAAAUAUGUACAGAGUUCGAAAGAUAAAAUUUCAAGAGCAAUUUAUUAUGGCUUAUGGAGGUUUAAGAGGAGCCGUGGCUUUUUCAUUAGUCGCCAUGUUGGAUAAAGACGUUGUUAAAACCCAACCGAUUUUUUUAACCACGACUCUUAUAGUCAUAUUAUUUACAGUUUUUAUACAAGGGGGAACGAUUAAAUGGCUCGUCAAAUUAUUAAAUAUAAAAAAAUCUUCGAGUGAUGAAAAAACAAUGAAUGAAGAAAUAAAUGAUAAUAUAAUGAGAACUAUGAUGGCUGGUAUAGAAGAAAUUUCAGGAGUUAGAGGAGAUAAUUAUGUUCGAAGAAAAAUUCAAUACAUUGACGAAAAUUAUUUGAAAAAAAUUUUUCUAAAUACUACAAAAUCAAACAGUUUGACGAGACUUUACGAAAAACUUGCAUUGACGCAACACAUAGCACAUUUGUACGGACCUGUCGCCCUCAUCGAAGAUCAAAAAGCGGAUAUACUACACGAAGAUUACGUAGAACCCCAUAAAAAAUUACUUAGAAGUGCAUCCGUGAGAUAUUCGAUAAAACCACCCGUGAAAUUACCAGAAAUAUUUCCGGGAGUUCAAUUGAGAAGGAGAACUUUAUCGGAUACACGUCAACCCCAUUCGAUAAACUUGGGAGGAAACAAUACGGAAUUAAAAGCCAGCACCGAACAAUUGCGAAGAGCGUUUAGAGCUAGCGCGUACAAUAAGCUACACGAAAAAUAUGAUCCCAAUUUGAUAAACGACGUUGACGAACGUGAAAUGUUACGACGCAGACGUCAAACAGCACAUAGGAUAACAUAUCAGGCUGCAUUAUCACAUCGUCAUUCCAUCGCUGCCAAUUCGGAUGAUGGUUCCCAACCGGAAGAAUAUAAAGUUCCACGUAGAAAACUUCUUUCAGGUUCGGAUGAUAUCGAUCCGGAAACAUUGGAAGGUAUCGACGUGAUAUUAGAAAGAGCACGACAAAGAGUUGCUAGAAACAAUUCAAACGCGGAUAUAUUUUCCGAUAUCCCUCUGACGCCAAAAAACGAAGGAAGAAAUAGUUUUUCGACGUCGUCUCCUCUCAUUCCCCAUAGAAAAUCAAGUUUUUUCAAAUCAAACAGAAAUAUAAACAGACCGCGAAAAGUUUCAAGAUUGUUGGAAUCUUAUAAGGAAAACGAUAGCAACGAAGAUAUUUCUCAUAACAACGACGAGACUCCUGAUCCCGCAACACCUCAAUCUCCCGUUCUUCAGGAGGUUAAAGUAGAACAAGAUUUGACAAAAUCACCAUCAUCCGAUUCGACCUCUCAAGAUUUAUCAUCAACUAAUAAUUCGAACGAAAAACCACCUGAUGAAGUUCACGAAUCAAAAGUUUGA